CUGGACCUCCCCCUCCCUUCUUGGGUGAAUCGGCACAACGCUGUAUGGCGAGGAUGGCAUCGGAAGGCGACGAGUACGAGGAAGAGGAGGAAAAGUGGUCACAAUGGUUUUGUGGGCUGCCCGGGAACGAGUACUUCUGUGAGAUCAACCCGGCUUACAUUGAGGACUCGUUCAACUUGUACGGCUUGCGAGCGUUGGUGAGCAACUACCAAGACGCAUUGAACAUAAUCCUCGACCUCACAGACAUCCCGUAUGACGAUGAUGUCCCGUCGUGUGCGGCCGAACUGUAUGGACUUAUCCACGCCCGAUACAUCAUCACAAGUCACGGCCUCGACGCCAUGCACAAGAAGUUCCAAGACGGCGACUUUGGAUUUUGCCCGCGAGCGCUGUGCGAUGGUCAACCUGUUGUUCCUGCUGGCAUGUACGACGAGCCGAAGAAGGCCGAGAUGAAGGUGUAUUGCCCCAAAUGCAGAGACUUGUACACGCCGUCCGUGGACUUUGAGAGCGCUACGAUUGACGGCGCGUACUUUGGGUCAACGUUUCCACACUUGUUCUUUUUGACGUACAGAAACCUCGAACCGGCGCCGUCGACGCAUUUGUACGUGCCGCGCGUGUUCGGGUACAAGAUUCACAGAAAGGGCCCAAACCGACAGCGGCUGGCGACAACGGCCACUAAAGUGCUAGAGAACGGGGAACAGGUCGAGGAUAAUGACCCCCUCUGUUAGCGGCCAGGGGGCGACAAACCCGACGACGCCGUGGACGCCGCCCAGAACUAUAGUGACCAAGCCUCGCGCAGUAAGAAGCGAGUGAAGCAUGAAACAUAAUGGAGGACUGGUCUGAUUCAUCCUGUCUCUCCGUCCAACGCCUCGGGCGCCGCCUCGAAAGACACCUUCGCUUCUGCCUGCACUCCGCCUCCUGUCCACGUUUAUUCAGAACGGCGGAAAAUGCAUGGAAUCCGUCGCUUGGACUUCAUGCAGUUGGAAAUUAGCCAUAAAUAUAUUGAAUCCAUACACAAUUUCUUGCAGCAAGUAUAUGUGUGCUGUCUUGGACGGUUCAUUGUCUCCAUCGCAGUUGUGUGCCUUCAGCUAGCCCAGCACCUGCUUUGGAUCUGUUCAUGGCAGCAUUUCACGGCAAAGCAAG